AAACAGAGUAAUUUCACAUGUACAGCACUUGCUGGUCUGCAGAAUCUUCUCCACCUCACCAACUCUCGACGCAGCCAAAGCGUUCGAACUCGCCACCAUCACCCUCGCCACCAUCAAAACAUCUUCUUUAAUCAAUAUGAAAAAAAUCUCUCUCUCUGUCUCUGACCCUUUAAAACCCCUUUUUCAUUUUCAUUCUUUUCUAUUACUUUCUCUUGCAUAUUCAAAUUUCGCUCUUCCACAAUACACUUACUAAAAUCUAUGCCCCAAUUCUGGUUUUUCGUUUUCCAGUCUUUAUCAUUUCAAUUCUAUUUCCAAAAAUAGCACUAGGGUUAGCUCAUCCAAUUUUUGGCUAGAUUUUCCAUUAUUUUUUCGUGCAGUAAAAUUUUGGGUUUUGAGUGAGGUUUACUGAUGGCAAUUGCAUGCGAGUCCUCCAUUCUGGGGCGGUCCCAGUUCGUUUCUGGAUCAAAAUCCUCUCGUCUUUUGCUUUACAAUAGAGUUGCAAAGAUAACAGUUAAGGUUUCUCAAAAGAACUAUCAAUUCUCAUCUCGUAUCUCAUCAAAUUUUGCCAAUCCGUACAGUUUUAGACCACCUUGUAUUUCAGCUUCUCCUACAGCCAGCGUUUCUGAUGCUAUAGCUCAUUCAAAAUCACGAAGCAAAGUUAAUGCUGAUCUGGGUAUUAAACAAAAUGCCGCUACGGGUGUGAAUUCAGGAUUAAUAAGAUUGUUGGUCAAACGCGGCCUCGUUUUGGGUGCAAUGGUGUGUGGGGUUUUGGUGUUCAGGUGCAAAAGAGUGUUUGCAGCUGAAGGUGUGGUGAAUGCUGGGUAUGGUGUUAUUGGGCAAAGCAUAUUGUCAUUGAGGAGUGCGUGGCCUAAGCUUUCUCAGCUUCUUACGGUUUUCAAGGAGCAGGGUUUGGUAUUGGCUGCACUUCUGGGUUUGUCAGCUUUUUUUUCUAUGGCUGAGACUUCCAUAACCACGUUGUGGCCAUGGAAGGUCCGUGAGCUGGCUGAAAAAGAGCCUGAUGAUGGUGUCUUCAAAAUGCUCCGUAGUGAUGUUACUCGGUUUCUGACAACUAUUCUUAUUGGCACAACUGUGGUCAAUAUUGGGGCAACUGCAUUAGUCACAGAUGCAGCCACAGCAAUAUUUGGUGAAGCUGGUGUUAGUGCAGCCACUGGAGUAAUGACUGUUGCAAUAUUACUCCUCACUGAGAUCACUCCGAAAAGUAUAGCUGUUCACAAUGCCGCAGAGGUUGCUAGGUUUGUGGUCAGGCCAGUGGCAUGGCUUUCCCUGGUGUUGUAUCCUGUGGGAAGAGUCGUCACCUACUUGUCGAUGGGAAUGCUAAAGUUACUUGGUUUAAAAGGAAGAAGUGAACCAUAUGUUACUGAAGAAGAAUUGAAGUUGAUGUUGCGUGGGGCAGAAUUGAGUGGGGCAAUAGAGGAAGAAGAACAGGAUAUGAUUGAAAAUGUGCUAGAGAUCAAGGAUACACAUGUUAGAGAGGUCAUGACACCUCUUGUUGAUGUAGUCGCAAUUGAUGCCAGUGCAACUCUUGUUGAUUUUCAUGAGUUGUGGGUGACCCAUCAAUAUUCAAGGGUUCCUGUUUUUGAGCAGCGAGUGGACAAUAUUAUGGGUAUUGCAUAUGCAAUGGAUCUGCUAGAUUAUGUUCGGAAGGGUGAGCUACUAGAAAGUACAACUGUAGGAGACAUGGCUCACAAACCUGCAUACUUUGUGCCUGAUUCAAUGUCAGUCUGGAAUCUUCUUAGAGAGUUCCGCAUCAGGAAGGUUCACAUGGCAGUUGUUCUUAAUGAAUAUGGUGGAACUAUUGGAAUAGUAACCCUUGAAGAUGUUGUUGAGGAGAUUGUUGGUGAAAUCUUCGAUGAAAAUGAUUCAAAAGAAGAGAUACAGAAGAAAACUGGCUACAUUGUAAUGCGAGCAGAGGGAAUAUAUGAUGUUGAUGCUAAUACAACUAUCGAUCAACUCUCUGAAGACCUAAAUAUCAAAAUGCCAGAGGGUCAUCAAUAUGAGACAGUGUCAGGUUUUAUAUGUGAGGCAUUUGGAUACAUCCCAAGGACUGGUGAGAGCAUCAAAGUGAUCCUCGAGAAGGAAAAUCAAGAAGAGGAUGAUGAACAGACUGAAGGCAAGUCUGAGCGACAAGAUCAGAAUGAAAAACAUCAUGUAUAUAAACUUGAGAUAUUAGCUGGAAAUGCCAGAAAAGUGAGUGCUGUUCGAUUUGAACGGAUAAACAAUGAUGACGUAAUGAUGGAGGCCAAAGAAGUUACUCGCUUGGUUCCCAGAAUCGUGAAGAGGAAAUGGAGCAGUGAUGAAGAUUCUGAUGGUACCAAGUAUGAUGAGGAUUCAUUCCAAAAUAGACCAGAGCAUGGUCUUUCUGAUUCCAAUGUAAUUGCUGAACAUGAAGAUGAUAAUGAGAGACCUGGUAGACAGUAGUUACAUCUCUCCCUCUUUCUCUCUCUCUCUCUCUAUUUUUACAGCUCCAUGAAAGCAAUAAAAGGACUUGAGAAACAGAACAAAGGAACAAGAACACGGGAGAAACUACUAACAUUGUAAAAUUUUUUCACAAAUGAAGUGAGGUAUCAACGUCUGAUUCAUCAAA